AUGGGAGUGUGUACCAAACUUGGCUACGAACUUGUUUUCAGUCAGCCAGUUAGUGAGAAAGGAAACAAUGUGACAUUUGAAUCGCACUGUUAUAUUUAUAACCAAAAUAAUGAAGUUGUAGCAAUCGCAGAUGUAGUCGGAGGUGUUUAUAAAUUAAGAAUCAAACAAGUGGAUUGUUUGUUGACUUCGGUGUCUGGAAAUGUAUGGCAUAGAAGAUUUGGUCAUCUAAACAGCAAAGAUCUUAAUGUGAUGAGGGAUGGUGCUGUAAAAGGUAUGUCAUACUCGGACAAGGCUCAGGUUAGUAAGACUAGCUGCAUUGUUUGCUGUGAGGGGAAGCAAUCCAGGCUGCCUUUCAGUCAUGUUGGCAACAGGGAACAGGAACUCCUCAAGAUAGUGCAUGCAGAUAUCUGUGGACCUAUGGAAGUCAGAUCUAUUGGUGGAAUGAAAUAUUUUUUGUUGUUCGUCGAUGACUUUAUUCGGAUGGCAUUUGUUUAUUUCUUGAAGACCAAAGAUGAAGUAUUUUCUUAUUCAUCAUCAUCAUCAUCAUUCAAGACGUUAGUAGAAAAUCAGACAGGCAGAAAGUUGAAAGUGUUGAGGUCAGAUAAUGGUACAGAAUUCUGCAGUAAGGAAUUUGAAAAUUUUCUUGCAAUUGGCCGGAAUAGUACAUCAAAAAACCUGUGCAUACACACCGGAACAAUAUGGUCUCUGCGAAAGGUACAAUCGUACAAUUGUAGGAAAUCAUACUGGUCCUGA